AUGGCGUCGGACGGAGGUGCGGCGGAGGAUCCGCUGUGCGUGGAGCUCCCGGAGCGGCUGGCCAUCCUGCCGUACCGGAAUCGCGUGUUGCUGCCGGGGGCCAUUAUUCGAAUCACAUGCUCCGACCCUAGCAGCGUGCGGUUGGUGGAGCAGGAGCUGUGGCAGAAGGACAAGCCCGCGCUGAUUGGUAUUGUACCCGUUAUAGAGCCUGCUGGUUCCGCGGAUAGCACUGGUAGCGGUGCUGCUGCUAGCGGCAGUGCUGCUACUAGUAAAGAUGCUGCAACUAGCGGUGAUGGAAAUGCGGAAGGAGGAACAGGAGGGACGGGAGAGAAGGCUGGGGGAGAAGAAGGGGCGGGAGGAGGGCGGGCAACAGUGCGCGUGUGGGGGCCUAGCGGACCAGAGGAGGUCACCGGAGGAACGGCGAAGCUGCUGCUGGAAGACGUGAACUGGCACCCCAGGGGCGUGGCAGCACGAGCACUACAUGUGGCCAAGGGAGCGAAGAGGCCCACUGGCAUGGGCGUGGCGGCGCGAGCACUGCACGUGGCUAAGGGAGUGGAGAGACCCACAGGCCGAGUGACGUAUGCAGUGGUGCUGCAGGGCGUGUGCCGCUUUGCCAUCCAGUCCAUCAACUCGCGAGGACCCUACCAUGUGGCUCGGGUCUCUCAGCUGGAUGCCACCCUGCAGGAGGCGGACCGGGUGCGAGGAGACGACGAGGUGAGGCGGCUGGGAAGGCAGCUGCUGCGAGUGGUGGAGGAUCUGGCGCGGGUGAUGGAGCAGGAAAAGCAGCGGCAGGUGACAGGGCUGCGCAGGGUGGCAGCAGAGUCCCACCAGGCAUCGGCCGGGGAGAUGCAGAGGCUGGCGGACAUGCUGGUGGCCAGCGUGGAGGGCGGGCUGGCAGCGCGCCUGGCGAUGCUGGAUGCGGUGAAUCCGCGGAUGAGGCUGCAGCUCGCUGCUGCCAUCAUCUCCUUGCAUUUGGAGGUAUGGAGAGUGCGGUUUAGAAGGGUUGAAAGGGUUUUGAUGCCCUCCUGCUGCCCUCCUGCUGCCCUGCUGCUGCCCUCCUGCUGCCCUGCUGCUGCCCUCCUGCUGCCCUGCUGCUGCCCUCCUGCUGCCCUCCUGCUGCCCUCCUGCUGCCCUCCUGCUGCCCUCCUGCUGCCCUGCUGCGGCGCUGCUGGAGGUGCUGAGCCCAGAGCAGAAGAAGUGCUUCCAGGACCAGACCAGUUGAGUGGGUUGAGAGGGGUUGAGAGGGGUGAGAAUGGGCAGUGGUACAGUGUUGCUGCGGCGCUGCUGGAGGUGCUGGACCCCGAACAGAGCAACUACCUGGGAGUCCCCUUUGAUCUCUCCCGUGUGGUGUUUGUGGCGACGGCCAACCGCGCAGCACCCAUCCCAGCCGCUCUGCUGGACCGCAUGGAGGUGAUUGAGCUGCCGGGCUACACCCCCGAGGAGAAGCAGCGAAUCGCCACGCGCCACCUCAUCCCGCGCGUGCUGGAGCAGCACGGGAUCACCAAGCGCCAUCUGCACAUCUCUGACCACGCAGGGGAGGUGCUGGUAUCGUGCUACCCCUCUCGUUCUUAUCAGGCGGGAGUGUGGAACCUUGACAGACUCGUUCCUCUCCCCUCUUCUCCCACCCACACCCUUCCUUACCCCCUGUUUUCUGUUCUCUCCACCCCACCAGCACGCAGUAGAGUAGAGAUGCUGAUAACGCGCUACACACGCGAGGCAGGAGUGAGGAAUCUUAGCCGUUUGCUGGCAGCACUGGCCAGACACGCUGCUGUGCAGGUGGCCCAGUCCAAUCGCUGCAUCCGAGUGGCAAGGGAGGUGAGCGCCCCCCUCCCUGCCGCUGGCUCUGCCCCUGCCGGUGCACAUAGCUCUGCUGAUACUUCUGCUGACCCGCUGGCCACAGCAGCAGCAGUGGGGGACGCCAAGGCUGAGCUCGAGAUGGAAGUGGAGGCGAUAGGGAUGGAGGGCAAGGAGGUGGCAGCAGUGAUGGCGGACUCGGACCCAAUUGAAGUCACAGAGGAGAUGCUGGAGAAGGUGCUGGGGCCGCCCAAGUUUGACGGCAGGGAGGCGGCAGAGAGGGUGGCAACACCGGGAGUGGCGGUGGGGUUGGUGUGGACGGCAGUGGGUGGGGAGGUGCAGUUUGUCGAAGCAACGGACAUGGUGGGGAAAGGGGAGCUGCAUCUAACCGGACAACUCGGAGAUGUAAUUAAAGAGUCGGCUCAGAUUGCUCUAACUUGGGUCCGUGCCAGGGCAGCCGAGCUCUUCCCACCACCCGCUACCUCUACCCCUCCCUCCUCCUCCUCUCCGCCCUUUAUCCCAUCAGACCAUCCAUUCGAUGACUCCACACCGUCUCCCGACCACCUCCCCCCUCUCGGCCCCUAUGGAGCUAUCUCCUCCUCUCCCGCAUCCGCUCCUACUGUCGUCCCCACCAUCCUUCCCACCUCCUUCGCUCCUCCUGUCACUUCGUCUACUCCUGCUGUUGCUGCUGCUGGUACUUAUGCCACUGCUGCUUCUCGCACUGCUGCUCCCUCUUCUGCUGCAGUUGCUGCCGCUGCUCCCUCCGGCACUGCUGCUGAUGUUUCUGCUUAUGCCAGCAUGGCCUACCCGAGCACUGCUGCUAUUACCAACGGCAAGAGCAGCAGCAGCAGCAUCAGCAACAACAUUUUUGAGGCGCCUCAAAAGUCUUCUGCUUAUGCCAGCAUGGCUUACCCGAGCACUGCUGCUAUUAUUAUUAACGACAAGAGCAGCAGCAGCAGCAGCAUCAGUAACAACAUUUUUGAGGCGCCUCAAAAGUCUUCUGCUUAUGCCAGUAUGGCCCACCCGAGCACUGCUGCUACUACCAACGGCAAGAGCAGCAGCAGCAGCAUCCGCCGUGGCAGCAACAGCGCAUCCUCAACUGGCCCCGUGCCUCUCCCUCGCAACCUCAUGGAGGGGCGAGACAUCCACAUCCACUUCCCCGCAGGCGCUGUGCCUAAGGACGGCCCAUCGGCCGGUGUUACGCUGGUAACCGCGCUCGUGUCUCUCCUCUCCAACCGCUGUGUGCGGUCCGACACGGCCAUGACUGGCGAGCUCACCCUCAGAGGCCUGGUGCUGCCUGUAGGGGGGGUCAAGGAGAAGAUUCUCGCUGCCCAUCGCUGCGGCAUCAGGCGAGUCAUUCUGCCCGAAAGGAACAUCAAGGAUCUCCAGGAGGUGCCGGCUGCUGUGCUGGCAUGCAUGGAGAUCCUUCCGACAAAGCGAGUGGAAGAAGUGCUUGAAGAGGCGUUUGAGGGCGGCAGUCCCAUCGGCCCUCGCAGCCGUAUUUAG